AAUCUUUCAAGUAGUUUUAAUUUCCUACGUCCUUUGGAAUUCCUAAUAGAUAUUGGGUAAAAAAUUAUAGUUCGAUUCGGCGCAUCUAUUCUGUGAUCCGACAUCCUACUCUGGACAUUUUUCCGUUUUGCUGGUCACUCGAUAGUCGAUAUUCACCGCGAACUGCCAUCAACAUGAGUUACUGGAGGGCAGCUGGAUUGAACUAUGUUAAUUAUUCCAACAUUGCUGCAAAAGUCGUAAGGAGGGUGUUAAAACCAGAACUCCAAGCCAACGCAGCCAAACGCGAUGAAACACAUGUAAAAUUCACCCCAUGGGUCAAGGGAAAGCCAUCCAAUGAAAAAGCUUGAACUUAUAUAAAUUAAACAAUUUAAAAAUUGUUAUACAUUUUUAAGCCGGGCCAAUAGUCGAUUUAACAACAAUGACAGUUCAAAGUUUUAAGUAAAAUUCAACGUUAUAUGUUUUUUAGUUAAACUAAAUAUAAUUUACUUAAUAAAUAAACAUUAAUUUUAUUUAUGUCAGUUAUGAAUUUAUAAUUAUGUAUAAUUCAUUACAAAUAGGUGUUUUUUUUCCUAUGUAGUAAAGCUGAAAAAAAUCUUUUUUUAAUAAAAAUGUAAGAUUAUAAGAUAUUAAAA